CAACGCUCUGCAGCUCGACGCCGUGCGGCGAUGCCCCGACCACAGUCUCUUUGAUGUGCUGAUGAGCCUGUUCAAGCGCUCUGUGAAUGUGGACCAGGACGGCAUUGGGUGGAUUCCCGUGCUCCUGCGCCCAGGCCGCGCCGCGCCUGGGCUGAAGGGGCGGAUCUUCUCCGGCAUCGGUCGGGUGCCCGCACAGGAGGCGCCUGCCAAAAAGCGCAAAGGCAAUGAGGGCGCCGUGGAUUCCGCUCGGGCAGAGUUCAUGAAGCAGCUGCCGCCGGAGAUUCGCAAGGAGAUCGAGAUGGGGGUCCCAGACACGCUUGUGGGGCGCUCUGCAUUUGCCUUCAAGAAGUUGGUCCGCUACAUUGCGCGGCAUCGCCUUGGAACCGUCGAGCUGGACAUCAAGAACUCGUUCUUCCAGCUCUUGAACCGACAGAAGCCGCUGCCGCCCAUCAUGGCGGAGUACCUGGACCACCGUGAGGAGAAGCUCGCGCAGAUCGGCCGCGUGCUCUUCCACAAGCUGCCCGAGGCCCGCCGGCGCAGCGUGGCGAAGGAGCUGAUGAUUGCCCUGGGCUUUGGGGGUGGUUUCGCAAACUGGACGAGCAAGGUGCUGCAGGACAUACCCUUGGCUUCGGAUGAGGGGGAGCGCGGCGAGGUGGCUGCUUGGCUCUACGGCUUCGAGACGGCGGCGCGCCUCUACCACGUGGCCGUUUUUGAGCUGCUGCCACAGAAGGCCAAGGACUGGCACAUGGAGCAGGGCCGCUCCACUGCCUCGGGGGCCUUUGCCCUGUACGCCCACCACGAGAGGUUGCAGAUGGAGAAGAUGGCGGCGGCAGCGGGCAGGGCCUUCAACGACCACCAGCACGACGGCAUCGGGGCCCUCCGCUCCGCGAGCGAGGCCGUGAAGCGAGCCGUGGAUGUCGAGGUGGUCGUGCACGAGCUGGAGGACCCGUGGGCAUACGCGGCGGCGAAGUACCCCAACUUGGAUUGGAGACUCAAGUCGAAGAUGGAGUUCUCCGGGUACCACCAACUGCUCCAGCGCUGCAGGCAGCACGUCAUACUUGGACGGGCGAGGGCAAACACCGUGGACUUUGCGAAGCUGGCGGCGGCGAAGCUGGUCCCGGUCGUACACGUUCCGGUGGAGGGGGGUGAGAAGAGGACCACCUACGAAAGCUUCGAGAAGGGAGGCUUCUGGCUGGUGCGAAACCGGGACGACUUGGGCCAGACCGUGGAAGACCUGAUGAACAAGAUGUGUUGCCCGGUCUUCGAGACAGCCGAUGAGAACUACGUGCCGCCGCCGCCCCUCAACGAUAAUGCCUUCUUCACCGGUCUGUCCUCGUCCGUUCUGGGGCGUCUGGCAGGCCCGCAGAUGGCGGACCUCGACGGCGACGAGACACGGCACAAAAUCCUCUUUUGCGACGGCAUGCUCUACGAUUUCAAGGAGCGUGUCCUCCGAUCACCGAUCCCCGCCGACCGCAUGGGCUUCCACGCAAAGGCGACCUCAGAGAUGUGGCAGCCGAGCAAGGCGACCAAGCUCUUCGAGCGCAUCCUGGCUUUCUUGAAGGAGCAUGUGGAGACGGGGGUGUGUCUGCUCGAGGCCAGCGAGAAUGGCAAACAGGUCAUCGAGUGCUUCGAGGAAUUGGAGCAGGACGGGUGCGAGAUCCUCCGCCACAUGAAGGUGUACGGGGACUGGGACUCCGGCCAUCUCCGCGACGCCGCGGUUCUGCGAGAUGUACUACAUCUGGGAAGCCAGGAUUCCGGGAAGGACACCAAGGUGAAGAUGUUGCACGCCUUCCUCGGUCACGGCAAGGACAACUACGGGGUGCAGCUUCCGGGAAACUAUGUGGUGCAACAGACUCGCUACCUGACCGCGAAGGACGGACCCGCGCCUUACCAUGCAAGGACUCUAGGCAAGCGGCUGGCCUGGGCCAGUGAAGUCCCCGAGCACUACUCGUUGGCGGAUGACUUCAUCAUCCGCCAACGAGAGCGAGCCGUGGAUGGCCUCAAGACCCGGAUAAACCGAGGAGAGUUCAACAAGUACAUCUUCUUCCUUGCGGCAAAUCUCGUGGACUCGUUGGAGAUGGAGUACAACCCAGGCACCGAGAUCAAGCCGCAGCCACCGGAGAUGAAGAUGAGCGCCAUGGACCUGGCCCCAUGCGCAGACAAGGACGAGGAGGCCAAACCCGAGGCCUUCAUGACAGAGAUGUGUGAGCUGGUGCCCUUGAAGGAAGCAAAAGCCUCCACACGGAGCUGA